GUGCCGGCGGCCGCGGCCGCACUCGCCACCGCCGCCACCAUGACGGACCGCUCCACCUUCGACACCAAUGUCAUCACCAUGACCCGCUUCGUGAUGGAGGAAGGCAGGCGGGCGAAGGGUACCGGGGAGUUCACGCAGCUCCUCAACUCGCUCUGCACGGCUAUCAAAGCCAUCUCCACCGCCGUCCGUAAAGCGGGCAUUGCCAACCUCUAUGGAAUUGCUGGGUCUACCAAUGUGACCGGAGAUCAAGUGAAAAAGCUGGAUAUUCUUUCCAAUGACCUGGUGAUUAACAUGCUCAAGUCAUCAUUCAGUACAUGUGUUAUCGUGUCCGAAGAAAACAAAGAUGCUGUAAUAGUGGAAACUGAGAAACAGGGUAAAUACAUAGUCUGCAUAGACCCUCUAGAUGGUUCAUCGAACAUUGACUGUCUUGUUUCCAUUGGGACCAUCUUUGCAAUUUAUAGAAAGGUGUCCCCUGAUGAACCUUCUGGGAAAGAUGCUUUACAGCCUGGACGUAAUCUCGUGGCAGCUGGCUAUGCGCUCUACGGGAGUGCCACCAUGCUGGUACUGGCCACUUCUGCUGGAGGUGUCAACUGUUUCAUGCUGGAUCCGGCAAUUGGAGAAUUCAUUUUGGUGGAAAGAGAUGUGAAAAUCAAAAAGAAGGGAAAUAUCUACAGUCUCAAUGAAGGCUAUGCUAAAUAUUUUGAUCCUGCCGUCACAGAGUAUCUCAAAAAGAAGAAAUUCCCUGAGGAUGGCAGUUCACCGUAUGGUGGGAGGUACAUAGGAUCUAUGGUGGCAGAUGUUCAUCGCACACUGGUGUAUGGAGGAAUCUUUCUGUAUCCUGCUAACUCCAAAAGUCCCAAAGGAAAGCUGAGACUGCUCUAUGAAUGCAAUCCUAUGGCUUUUGUUAUUGAGAAAGCUGGGGGUAUAGCAACAACUGGUCAUCAAGCAGUACUAGAUAUAGUGCCUGAGGAUAUCCACCAAAGAGUGCCUGUUGUCUUGGGGUCUCCUGAUGAUGUGAAGGAGUACCUCGAGAUAGUCAAGAAGCAUUCAGCUAAGUAAAGAAAGCUUGCUGGAUUCACUGUGCACAGGGGAUAAAAUGUCUUACAGCUGAACCAAAGAAUGCGCUGCAGUACUGUGAGAUUGAGCUGUCUGACUUCUGUAGCAAAAAAGCAAAUGAGCCAUAUUUUCAUAAGAUUUUUUUUAAAGUGAAAUCAUGUGCAAUUGCAUUGUGCAAUGAAAGUCAUUAAAAAGAUUGCAUUAAAGGAAACAUUAAAAAUUAAAGCAAUGGGAAAAUA